AUGCCGAUAACUGUCUCACGGGGAAGAGCUGGUAUAUCUACUGCCGAGACAAUGUACGUUUCGUUGGUUCAUGAGGCCGUUGCAUCUGCAGCCUCGCUGAUCAACGCGCGAGAGGCCAUAGGCAGGGAGGGGAGUCUGCCUGCAAAAAAUCCAGAGCUCCCUGCUCCCAAACCCGCAGCAGCGCGUCUUUCUUCCUCCGAGUCUCACAGACUCAGAGAAGACGAGGCUUGUUUGGCGCCGUCACCAGAACUGCAGGGAGGAGAGGCAGCAGCUCCGACGGGAGCAGGCACAGGCUUGGAAAGCAGCAGGAAGCCUAGAAGCGCAAAGCAGCGGCCUCUCAAGCAGACGCUGGCGCAGCAACCGCUUCAGAUCUCCCAAGACACUGCUGAGAACCAUCAGCUGCCCGCAGUGUCUGCGGGGGGGAAUCCACCUGUGCUUCUCGGGGAAGAGGGUGUGGCAAUUCGAAGAAUUGCUUCAGAAGAUGCAGCAGCCACGGCAGCCUCGGCUGCAGGGGCUUUUUCAGGCUGCCCUCCCCUGGCGUCUCCGCAUGCGAUCGCUCCUGUCGAGCUCAAAGAUCUCCCUGACGUCGCUAGUGCACACCCCUUGCCAGGGAACACCCCACCAGUCGCCACUCAUCCUGCACCCCGCGGCAGCGGCGGAGGCGAGACUGAGCGAUCCUUGCUGCCUCUGCCCACGCUGAGCGACUCCCCUCGACUCUGCGACAUUAUCGAGACGCCACCAGCAGAAGUCUUGGAAGCUAUGGGGGUCAAAGACAUCCUAAAGGCUUCUUCUGGCAAAUUCGCAUUCUUUGGACGCACAGCAGCACCCACAUCAGCUGCACAGCCGCGAGGGGAUGCUUGCACCGAGGCUGCGUGUAGUCGUUCUCGAGUCUGCACGGCGAAGGGGUCGCCCUCCUCGCCUCCUGGUGCUGCCUUGGAAAGGCACAGGGCAGGGGCCUCUACCCGAGGGAUUGGCAGUGAGACUGACGCAGUGCAGCUUGUAGCCUUCGCCGCAAGACAAGCAGUCUCAGAGGAACGUGCAGGUGGAGGAGCUGACCCAGAAGAUACCGCCUUUGCCGCGUCUGCGUCUGCUGUGCGUGGAGUGGAAGCAGAAGGGGGAGCAGCGGCAGCGUCUCCUGCGUUCGACGGGACGGUAAAGCGGGAGACGUUUGCAUCGAGUUCGUCUGUGGGAGAAGAAGCCGCAGCAGCAGACGAAGAAAGAGGUGGCGGCACUGCAGCGACGAGGGCUACAGAUCCAGAAACGUCUCUCCCCGCGGAGACGGGCAAUGCGGAGGGUAGCAGCCGUAGCGGCAGCAGCAGGAAAGUGCGAGUCAAGCUACGUGUGCGGCUGAAGAGAAGAUGCAACCGCAGAGAGCAGAUGGGUGCAGAGACACGGCCAAAUGGCGUCCUUGGGAGGGUGUUUUGUGUGGGAGGCACUGACAGCGACGCUGACGAGACGCUUGACGAGGAGUCGCAGGAUGGCAUUGGGAGAGACAGAGGCGCAGCAGCAGCGACUGCAUCAGGGAGUGACCCCCUGUCAGCAGUGUGUGAUGUUGGUGUUUUAGCCACGCGAGUGGAGAGGGUUGCAGCCGUAGCAGCAGCAGCAAGAGGCGCAGCGGCUGCAACCGAGAUCGAAGCUGCAGCAGCGGAUUGUAGUAGUGAAGCCUUGCUUAAGGACCGUCGGCAGCAGCAAGCCCUACUGACGCCUUUGUCGGGAGAUCCCAGAUGCCCCCUCGUGAGAGAUGCUCAACAGCAGGAGCUGAUCAGACAGCACACCUUCGACGACACUGUGCCGUCCAGACACCCCACUGCGGGUGCGCUGUCUAUCUUCACGCGUGGCUCUUCGGAUAGCCAACAUCCUCGGGGAGUCUCUGGCGAGAUCUGGACGGCAUCUUCCAGCAAGAGUGAAGAAGAGCUCCUCGCCGCUGGACUCAUGAUGAUGGAGGAUUUAAGCCCUGAACAGGCGGCUUCCAUUACGGCGGAACUGAAAGCUGAGGCUUCGAAGCGACAUCAGCAGCAGCAGGUGCAGAUUAGUGGAGCUGUGCGGCUGGCUGCUCCUGCCGCGAUGCAUCAUCCCCUUCGGACAGACGCAGAGACUGCCUCAGCUUCUGCAAGGAGCAAGACGCCGCAAGAGCACCGGCCUGCAUCGCCAGUUCUCGUAGAAGUGCGCAGUGGACGCUUGCACGGGGAUGCGUCAGAUGAGGAGACUGCAUGUGCAGCAGCAAGGCCAGGAGAGGGCAAACAAUUGGGGAAAGUCGCAGAGCAAGGGCGAGACGCAAAGCUGCAGCAGCAGGAGGGCGAGCAGCAACUCGAAGGUGAAUCAGAUGAGCAAAAAUGUGAACGUAUUGAAGCCUCCAUUCGGUUCAAGGCAGAGUCAGAUCUCAACAAGCGGCGAGCACAGAUGCAAGCUUUAAGGGCAGACGCAGAGCGGCAGUUGCUCUCUUUGCAGCUGCUUCCACCUCAAGUUGAGCGCCUUUCUACCCUUCCCGCUUCCUUCAGAGAAGCGGUCUUUGGAGUGUUUGUGUGCCUCUGCCUUCGACACAUCGAGGAGUGUGAUGAGGAGUUCAGAGGGGAAAUCACGGAAUGGGUAUUAGGCCUGUUGGAUGCUUUGGGGUCUCCCCAGUUGUUGCAUCUGGGAGCGCACAUUGCGAAUUGCCUUCGCAAGCCGAUUGCAUGGAGGGAGCAGCUUGAAAAGGAUGGCGUUCGGGCCAGCGAUAUCGUCACGCUUGACCCCCUUAUCGACAAGAUGACUGCCUUUUUCGCAGAGAAGCAGGAGGAAACAGACACGCUUUUUCGCAGCGUUCAGAGCCGCCUCACCGCCAAUGGAGCCUCGCGAUCUCCCUCAGAGGAACAGGAUCGCGAUGCACUCCCGUCUUCUCCCCAAGACAGAGAAUUCGCGGGGAUAUCCCCGACCAGUCCCCCCCUCUCCAUGUGGACUGCAGAACCGCCUUCUUAUCGAGUCGUGUUUCUCCGAGAUCUUACAACUGCCCUCGUCACCAGCGGCACUUUUGAUGCGAGGAUACAGAUGCUUUUGGACAGACUGGCAGUCGAACUGCGCAUAAAUCCUCUUCUGCUGAUUCGGAUUCAAGAGAACCUUGCUGCAGACCUUCUCUCCAUUCUGCAAGCAAAUACGAAGGAGGGGUCCAAGCAGAAGACGUGGAGGCGUCUGAAAAUAGCGGGAGCUGCUGUCGGAGGGGGUGUGUUGCUGGCAUUAACUGCGGGAUUAGCAGCUCCAGGAAUUGCAGCGGCAGUGGCAUCCCUCGGUUCGCUUCCUCUCUCUGCCUUUCUAGCUUCUGCAGGAGGCAUGGCUGCCCUUGUUUCCAUUUUUGGAGCAGGAGGAGCUGGCUUGACUGGCUGGAAGUACAGCCGACGCAUCGCCACUGUGAAGGUGUUUGAAUUUCUGAUGCUCAAUGGACGCAGCCCCUCUUCACUUCGAGUCGGGAUUGGUAUUAGCGGCUAUCUCCGAGACGACGACGAUGUCACUUUACCAUGGGUUUGCUCCUUCCCAAGCCCCCGUUGCGACUUGCAUGCGCUGAAGUGGGAACCACAAGUGCUGAAGGCCUUAGGGGGGAUGGUCGUUAAGAUGGUGUCUCAGGAUUUCGCAGUCAGCGCCUCCAAGUUUUAUCUGCAGCACACCGUCUUGGGAGGCCUCACGUUUGCUCUGUUCUGGCCGAUCGCGUUGAUGCAGUACGCAGCAGGGCUGGAUAACACCUGGAUGCUCUGCAGGGAACGCGCGCAGCAGGCUGGCAAUAUCCUUGCAGACGCCGUUUCAGACAAGGCC